AAAUAGUAACCUUUGCUUUCCAUCUAAAAUCAUUUCCUCUUCACCCCGAAACCAAAAUAAAAAUAAAAAUAAUAGAAAACCCACUGCUAUACACAAAUAAAAAUAAAUCCGAGUCUUCUUGUUGAUGUCGCCGUCGUCGUCGCCGUCGUCGUGAUAAUUGAAAAGUGUGUGUUGUCUCUCUCUCUUUCCACUCUAGCUUCUCAGCUUCUCCUUUUGGGUUUCAGCAGAGUAGGCUAAUGAUAAAAUGACUCCACCAGCUACGCGAGGUAAAAAUAAAAGGAAUAGACCGGGUGAUAUUGCUAAUAUCACUUCUGAAAUAUUAAGGAAAAUUCAUGCAAAUGGUAAAGUUACCGAUGGAGAUGUGAACCAGCUGUACAUGAUAUGGAAGCCAGUUUGUCAAGGCUGCCGUGUGAAUACUAAAGAUAACCCUAACUGCUUUUGUGGAUUGAUUCCACCACCCAAUGGAAGUCGUAAAUCUGGCUUAUGGCAGAAAAUGUCUGAUAUUCUUCAAGCGCUUGGCUCAGACCCAUUCAAUGAUCUUCGUAGUACUGAUGAAACUCCGUCUGGUCUAACUAAUCUGGGAGCAACAUGCUAUGCCAAUAGUGUACUUCAGUGUCUGUACAUGAACGCCUCGUUUCGAGAAGGUGUUUUCUCUGUUGAGCCAGAUGUGUUAAACGAACAGCCUGUGUUAUAUCAGCUUGUCCGGCUUUUUGCACAGUUGCAUGCUAGUAAAUUAGCUUUUAUUGAUCCAGCUCCAUUUAUAACGACCCUGGAGCUGGAUAAUGCAGUUCAGCAGGAUGGCCAUGAGUUCCUGACCUUGCUUCUUUCACUGCUUGAACGUUGUCUGAGCCACUCUAAAGUUUCUAAGGCGAGAACAAUUGUUCAAGAUCUUUUUCGAGGAAGUGUAUCACAAGUAACAACGUGCUCAAAUUGUGGAAGAGAUUCUGAAGCAUCUUCCAAAACUGAAGACUUCUACGAGCUGCAGAUGAAUGUCAAAGGCUUGAAAAGCUUAGACGAGAGUUUGGAUCAGUACCUUAGUGUGGAACAGCUUCAUGGAGAGAAUCAAUACAAUUGUGAAUUGUGUAAAAGCAGAGUCGAUGCUACUCACCGCAUCAGGCUGCGAACUCUACCUGAUGUCCUUAAUUUUCAGCUUAAGCGUUACGAGUUCCUUCCAAAGACUACUACAAGGAAGAAAAUCACAUCUGCUUUUGGUUUCCCUGGAGAAUUGGAUAUGGGGCGUAGGCUGUCUGAACCUUCUCAGCUGGAAUGGAUAUAUGACUUGUCAGCUGUGUUGAUUCACAAGGGAACUGCUGUAAAUAGCGGCCAUUACAUUGCUCAUAUCAAGGAUGAGAAUACAGGGCAGUGGUGGGAAUUUGAUGAUGAGCAUGUCUCAAACCUAGGUCGUCGCCCAUUUGGAGAAGGCUUUUCAAGUUCUGCUAAAGGUGUUCAUAGUGACAAAGUUUCACCAUCUUGUGCAGGAGCAACGCUUGCUGAUACCAGCAGAAGUAUGGAUGCUGUUCAGCCACAAUCUUUAGAAUCUAACAUUCAUAGUUGUAAAGAGAUUUUUUCAUCUACUGAUGCAUACAGGCUGAUGUAUAAUCUUAGGCGUACUAGAAAGAAUGAUGGUAAAAGAGAUCAUAUUGCCAACAAUAUUCAAUUAGAAGGUCACAAGGGUUUACACAAUGGCUUUCAUCCUGCAUCUCAACUCUUUGAGGAUAUAAAUGAUAUGAAUGCAUCAUAUGCUGCUGCUUGUGAAGAGUACAAAUUGAAGAAGGAAAAAGAGGUGCGUCAUAUCACAGAACGGAGAGAAGAGGUGCGAUCAGUUCUCUCAGAAGCUCCUGUUCGAUUGCAUCAAGAACCAUUUUAUUGGGUUUCUACGGACUGGCUUCGCCAGUGGGCUGACAAUGUCACUCCAGGUGUUAUAGACAACAAGCCUAUCCAAUGCUUACAUGGAAAGGUUCCAGUGUCUAAAGUUGGGUCCAUGAAGCGGUUGUCUGCUAAAGCUUGGGGAAUCUUGUUUUCUAAGUAUGAUGGAGGGCCAGCACUGACCAAUAGUGACUGCUGCAUGGCUUGCCUUAUUGAUGGUGCCAAAUCUGUGGUCUUUGCUGAUAGCUAUAGGGAUCAAAGAACAUUAAUGAGAGAUCUUGCAAAUGAUGUAAUUGCUGGGAAGUGCUUGGAUGGAGCAUAUUUUGUGUCCAAGACAUGGCUGCAACAGUGGGUGAGACGAAAAAAUAUUGAUGCUCCAAGUGAAGCUGAUGCAGGACCAACAGCUUCAAUUAUGUGCCGACAUGGACAACUAAGACCUGAGCAAGCUGGUGCCAAGCGAUUGCUGGUUCCUGAGACACUUUGGCACUUUUUGUACAAGGAUGCGGUUGCUGUAAAGUCUGAUGAUCCCUUGGGAUGCACAACUUUUCCUUCAGAUUCUGCACAGUGUUCUGAAUGCAGUGAUGAACUUUCUGAAGUUGCCUGCUUUGAGGAUUCUAUAAGGGAGAUGAAGCUCAAACAGCGCCAAAAUCAUGAGAAGUUGGCUACUGGAAAGAGUAUUCCCCUGUCUUUGAACUGCACGUAUUACUUGAUGCCUUCUUCUUGGCUCACAAAAUGGAGAAACUACAUAAAUUCAAGUGGAAAGAAUAUUUCUUCAUCAGUGGAACCUGAAGUUCUCGAUCCUGUUAUUGAUGCACUGAAAUGUGAAUGGCAUUCACGACUCCUAGAAAGGCCUCCUGACCUGGUGAACAAACGCGGUGUGCUUAUACAGAAGAGUUCUACUACAGAUGCUUUAACAAUAAUUACAGAGAAUGACUGGAACAGCUUCUGUGAAGACUGGGGCGGCAACAAGGAGAAAGGCAUAAUGGCAACAAUUGAGUCCAGUGAUGUUGCAGAAAAUAAUUUGGGUGGGUCCCAGGAAGAUGUGUUUGUAUUUAAAGACCAUCCAAGUUCUCAGGACGAAGCAAACAAUGACCCAGAGAUCAGACAGCCUUUGAUUAGGACCUCUCCAGAGAUUUGCGAGGAUUGCAUUGGUGAAAGAAAAAGUCGUGAGUUGGCGAAGAAGCUGAAUUACUUCAAUGAGGACAUAAAUGUAUCUCUUGUACGUGGCAAGGAAGCUCCAAGAUCAAUUUUAGAAGCUUCUUCAACUACUCCUGAGACAGAUCGGCGCGCCUCCAAGCGAUCUCGAAAGACCAGUUAUGGGACUUCAGUAAAUCUAAAAGUUUCUGGUUCCACAUCAUUAUACCAGUUAAAAAUGAUGAUAUGGGAAUCACUUGGGGUGGUUAAGGAGAACCAGAUACUUCACAAAGGUUCAAUGAUAAUUGAUCAGGAAAGUGCUACGCUUGCAGACUUGAGUAUAUUUCCUGGUGAUAAGUUGUGGGUGCAAGAUUCUGAAAUCCACGAGCAUAGAGAUAUUGCUGAUGAGAUUACUGACCAGAAAGCAAACGCACAGCAUCCUGAAAAGGGGUUUCAGGGAACACUUUUGACUACAACGACUUCAUCCCAAGUUGCUUAAGACGCAUGCUUUGAAUAGCUGUCUCCAUGACACAUCUAAACUCUUUAGAUAUAUAUUCUGGAAGGAAGACCUGCAUUUUGGAGGACCAGUGGCUGGCCUUGGUUGGUUUUGGCUCCCAGCAUUUUGACUUUGAAAAGACUGGUUCGGUACAUAAUUUUAGAACUCCCCGGACACUUUGUGAUGUUUGUACCCAGAGAUGAACUGACCCUGUUUUAUACUGUUGGCUGAUGUCUGGAAAGGCAAUGAACUUGGUGACCGAUCUUUUUUUUAUCAUUUCCCUCUUGGGUGGCUGAACUCGGUGGAUUUUGGCAAUUGCAGAUCCAAUGAAACAUGUUGUACCUUUUUGUACCUAGAGAUGAAUGAAACCAUACAGCGCUGUUGGUCAACACCUGGAAAGUAAAUGGAACCUUUGUUGUUGUA